AUGAGAUUUGGGAAGAAGGGGAAGUUGAGCCCUCGAUUCAUCGGUCCCUAUGAGAUCUUGGAAAGGGUUGGGCAGGUAGCUUACCGUUUAGCCUUGCCGGCAAAAUUGGACCGGGUGCACGACGUAUUCCAUGUUUCCCAAUUGAAGAAGUAUGUGCAUGACACCUCUCACGUGAUUGCACCGGAGACGCUAGAGUUAGACGAGACGUUGUCCUACGAAGAAAAGCCCGUGAAGAUUCUAGAUACCAAAACCCGAGAGACUCGUCGCAGGGCAGUCAAGAUGGUAAAGGUAUGUUGGUCCCACCAUGGAGUCGAGGAGGCCACUUGGGAGAUGGAGGACGAGAUGAGGAGACACUAUCCGGCUUUAUUUGACCAAGGUGAGUAG